AUGGGUGCGACAUCCACAAUUGCCCCACACCUGGGCGCGCACCUGGCGGGCAGGGGCGGGGUGACGGCGCCCCGUGCACACCGCGCAUGCGCCUCCCGGCCGUGCCGUGUGCAGCGGGCCGCGGCGUGGGAGCGGCGCGUGCGCGGUUGCCGGGGCGACUGGAACACAACAUGGCGGCCUGAGGGGAGCGCCGGGAGCGGGGCCGGGUCGGGCCCGGCCGCUCAUCCGCCAAUCCCGUCACCUGCGGGACGGCGCGGGAUGCAGAGUAAGGGGUACAGAAAUGAAGUAUUUCAGAGAGAUGGACAACCAGAAAACAUAAUAAUAAAGCAGAACACCCUGAAGUUAAGAGAUUUUGGAUCUUGUAUGAAUAUCUAUUCUCAGCAGGCACAUAGGGUUCAUGAGGCAGUAAUCCGGUCUGGUCUGGCACUCUCUUUACCCAGUGGCAGUUUCCAGCCUCUUUUUCUUGGAACUAGUGAGCUGGACCACAUUUCAAAAAUCCAUGAAGUUACAGGCACUCCUGGUAACAAAACUCCGGAAGUUCAAGCAGUGGAUCUUACUCGGUUUGGCACAUACAGUGCUUCAAGGAUAUUUAUUUCCUAACAAGUUCUUUGUUGUUAAACCUCUGGAGACAACUUAACACUUCCCUGGCUGUUGGAUGAAUAGGCAAACUUGAAUUUUCCCACCUGCUUUAUAGUUAAAAUACACCCAACUUUAAACUACAAACUGGCAAGUAUGGUUCCUACCCUGAUUCUUCCAGCUAAAAUUCCAUACUGAGAUUAUCUCUGUUCUGCUCACUUUUAAUUAUUAUUUUAAAUGUAUUAGGAAAAAGAUUUUUAUUAAAAGCUGUAUCUACAGUAGAGGACUUAAGUUCUUUCCAGGUAAGUUAUUAGUGUCCUAUUUCUUACUAAAAUAAAUUUUUUCCAUAUGGAAUAGAGUGUGGUAUGGGCAAUUGAAGCUUCUAGAUGACUGCCCUAAUAGUAAAGAAGAGGCUGAAAAAAGAAAACCCAAACACAUUCCUUGUGUGCUGCUGAACUACAAUUUGUGGCGGGGACAUACCCUGCCAACACAGAUGUGAGUAGCUCCUGUUGUUACCCUGAUAUUGGAUACUGCAAUUCUUUCCCUACUGGUUUUGUAUUUUUCCAGCUGAAGGAAAAAAAGUUUUUUAAAGUUAUUGCAUAUUUUUUCAACUGUUUCAUUUUGACUCAGACCAUAUGAAGCACUCAUAUAAAAGAAAUCUACGGGGAGAUAACUACACUAGUUUUCAGUGAUGAGGUUUAUCUGUAUUUUAACAGUUAAACCCACUACAUUAAUAAAACAAAACUUCUGAAAAAU